CGCGCGCGCUCGCUCUCCGGGCUUGCCCGCGGCGCGGCGGUGAGAAGCCCUCGGAGGAGCGAGUCCCGAGCGCCCCGAGCUACUGUCAGGAGCUGUUGCUGCCUGAACCGAUGGCGUACACGAUGAGUCCUUCCCCGUCCAUGCCUGUGGGACCCCAGUAUUGCGUCUGCAAAGUCGAACUGUCUGUGUGUGGCCAAAACCUUCUGGACAGAGAUGUGACCUCUAAAUCUGACCCCUUCUGUGUCUUAUUUAUGGAAGUCAACGACAAAUGGACCGAGAUUGACAGGUCAGAAACAGCGGUGAACAACCUCAACCCAGCCUUCUCCAAGAAGUUUAUCAUCGAUUAUCGCUUUGAGGAGGUCCAGAAGCUGAAAUUUGCCUUGUUUGACCAAGACAAAUCAAGCAUGCAGCUGUAUGAACAUGACUUCCUGGGGGAGUUUUCCUGCACUUUGGGCACGAUUGUCUCAAGCAAGAAGAUAACAAGAGCGCUCCUUCUGGGGAACGGAAAACCUGCCGGGAAGGGAAUGAUUACGAUAGCAGCCCAAGAGCUGUCGGACAAUCGCGUGAUCACCCUCAGCAUGGCUGGCAGAAAGCUAGAUAAAAAGGACUUGUUUGGAAAAUCCGACCCCUUUUUAGAGUUUUAUAAACCAGGAGAUGAUGGGAAAUGGAUGCUAGUCCACAGAACAGAGGUGAUUAAAUACACGCUGGAUCCUGUGUGGAAGCCCUUCACUGUGCCUUUAAUAUCUCUGUGUGAUGGGGACAUUGAAAAACAGAUCAAGAUCGUGUGUUAUGAUUAUGAUAAUGACGGAGGCCAUGACUUCAUUGGAGACUUCCAGACUUCCGUCGCUAAGAUGUGUGAAUCCCACGAUGCCUUUGCGGUAGAAUUUGAAUGCAUUAACUCCAAAAAGCAGAAGAAGAAAAGGAGCUACAAGAACUCAGGUGUCAUAAUUGUGAAAUCCUGCAAGAUCACCAGAGAUUACUCCUUCCUAGACUACAUCCUCGGGGGCUGCCAAUUAAUGUUUACGGUUGGGAUUGACUUCACGGCAUCCAAUGGGAAUCCUCGGGACCCCACGUCUUUGCACUACAUCAACCCCAUGGGAACAAACGAAUACCUUUCAGCUAUUUGGGCCGUGGGGCAGAUCAUCCAAGACUACGACACAGAUAAGAUGUUUCCUGCCUUGGGUUUUGGAGCCCAGUUGCCACCAGACUGGAAGGUUUCUCAUGAGUUUGCUAUUAACUUCAAUCCCACCAACCCGUUUUGCCUUGGUGUAGACGGCAUUGCCCAAGCCUACUCCACCUGCCUGCCUCACAUACGCUUCUACGGACCAACCAACUUCUCCCCCAUCAUUAACCACGUGGCUCGGUUCGCGGCCCAGGCCACGCAGCAGGAAUCCGCAGCCCAAUACUUCACCCUCUUGAUCAUCACCGACGGUGUCAUCAGCGACAUGGAUGAGACGAGGCAUGCUGUUGUCCAGGCCUCCAAACUGCCCAUGUCUAUCAUCAUCGUUGGGGUAGGGAACGCGGACUUUGCAGCCAUGGAGUUUCUGGAUGGAGACAACCGCAUGCUCCGGUCGUACACCGGAGAGGAGGCCAUGCGCGACAUCGUCCAGUUUGUGCCAUUCCGUGAAUUCCGCAGCGCACCUAAAGAGACCUUGGCCAAAGCCGUGCUGGCAGAGCUCCCACAGCAAGUGGUUCAGUACUUCAAGCAGCGGAACCUGCCGCCCCUCAGUUCAGAGCCCGCGUAGAGCUGAAUCCGUCGCUCUUUGCCUGCAUGUCCCCCGAACUCGUUGACGACAGAAGGUUGCAUGUCUCACGUGGUUUCAAACAAUUUGUACUUUUUAUUUAAAUGAUCUUAAUUUAAGGAAAGCGACAAAAGUAACACCACCCAGACCUCCCCUAAAGUGCACUUUGCAACACGAGAAGAAUCUGGACUUGCACGCACAGUUCCUGGGCCAAGAAAACUGUUGUCAGUGCAGGACAUUUCCCCCUCCUUAGCUCCAAGAAUCAACUUUUACGUAUUUGAAUGUACUUUGUAUGAUUUUUGUGAAACGAGAGAAAAUUUUUACAACUGGAACUUGCUUUUUCCAAGUCGUGAUGUUCUCAAUUAUGUCAUUGCCCAAAGAAAUGUGGACAGUUCAUGAACAUGUCGUACUUGUACUUCUCAUGUAUGUUAAUUUUUAUACUGUGUACAUGGUUAUAUUUGUUAUACUCAGGUGAAUAAACAAACUUGGACUCUUCGCAGCUUCAUGAAA